AAGAGACAUGCAUCCAUUAUGCAAAUCAGCCUCCUUUUUAAAAGGGCUUCACGGCGGUCUACAUAUUUACCCAAUAGUUGCGAUAGCUCCCUACCGUGGAUAGUUUUGCACAGGGUCUCUACAAGCCUUCCAAUCCAGCAACAAAAUGGCCGCACCAAAGGCAAGGGCGUUGGGUCCAGAGGAGAAGGAUGAGUGCAUGAAGAUCUUCGACAUCUUCGACAGGAACGCAGAGAACAUCGCGCCGGUUUCAGACACCAUGGACAUGCUGACCAAGCUGGGCCAGACAUACACCAAGAGGGAGACGGAAGCCAUCAUGAAGGAGGCCCGGGGACCCAAGGGAGACAAGAAGAACCUCGGCCCUGAGGAGUGGUUGGUCCUGUGCUCCAAGUGGGUCCGUCAGGACGACGAGGAGGAGAUCCUGAGGGCGUUCAAGGUUUUCGACGCCAACGGAGACGGUGUGAUCGACUUCGACGAGUUCAAGUUCAUCAUGCAGAAGGUCGGCGAGGAGCCCCUGACAGACGCCGAGGUAGAGGAGGCGAUGAAGGAAGCCGAUGAGGACGGCAACGGUGUCAUCGAUAUCCCCGAGUUCAUGGACCUGAUCAAAAAGUCCAAGAAUGCGCUGAAGGAGGCUUAAGUUAGUCCACAGGAUUCACAGAAUUUAUAAAUCUUAUGCGCCGUUCAAAGUCUGAACUGAUGAGAGAUUAACAUCGAGGGUGGAAACACCACACAGCUAUUGGGUAGAUCAUCUCUGACGUCACUUCCUGCCAGUCUUGACAUCAUCAUGACGUCACUUCCUGCCAAGCAGUGACGUCGUUACCCGGAGCAAAUCGCAACUACUCGUUCAUCGUUUUACUUAAGAUCCUUCAAGUAACUCAACACUACGGCAAGCCACACAUACAAAAAAAUUAGCUGUAAUGUUCAUUUUGGAAUGUGUACAAUUAACGUUUUUUUGCGACAUUACUGUACAUGUACUUUUCGGCAUAGUCUUAUUGGUGAGUUUUGAUACCGUUAAGUUAAUCAUACCUUAGUGUUAGUGUGAGGGGUUUUUGGAGGGAGUGUCCGGGAAUAUAGGGGUUUAUUAAAGCGUCUUUAUUUUCCAUCUGAGUAUGGUAAAAUUCAGAGCUUUGUUGUUAUUGCCAGCGCUCGACAUGGUUUGGUGACCGGCAUGUAACAUCAAGCGUGUACAACAUGUAAUAAAGUCUGUGUUGUCUUCGAA